AUGCUUUCUGAUAAAGAUGCCCUACGAACUACAGGGAAUGUGGCUCUGAAAACCACCUUUCUGUUACAGAUUGGAUUUGGGACGCUGGCCAAUGUCACGCUCUUUUUCCAUAAUGUCUCCCCUGCCUUGUGUGCCCACAGGCAGAGACCCACACACGUGGUUCUCACCCACAUGGCCUUGGCCAAUCUCCUAGCUCUUCUCUCCUCUGGGAUUCCCCACACGAUGGCAUCUUUUCUUUUGAGCAACCCCCUGUCCAGUCUUGGGUGUAAAGUUGUAUAUUAUACACACAGAGUGGCUCGCAGCUCCACCCUGUGCUGCACCUGUGUCCUGAGCACCUGCCAGUUCUUCACACUCAUCCCUGAGAGAGGGGAUUGGAUGACGCUCAGGAGUGCCCCCAAGGUCACUGGUCCUUCCUGCUGUGUCUGCUGGAUGUUUGCUGCAAUAACAAAUACCUAUAUUCCCUUGAAAGUCACUCGUGCACAGAGCACAGGAAAUGAUACCAGCACACAGGGCAGUUGGUUCUGCUCAUCUUCAUUUCCCAGGGCAGGUGUUGCCAUCGUGUUGUCAUGUUUAGAUGCCGUAUUUAUUGGCCUCAUGGUCUGGGCCAGCGGCUCCAUGGUGGGUCUCCUACACAGACAUCACCAGAGGGUGCAGCAUAUUCACACCCCCAGGGGCUCCCACAGCUGCCCCCCAGAGACCAGAGCCGCCCACACCAUCCUGAUGCUGGUGGUCACCUUCGUUGUAUUCUUCAUGAUGAAUUUGGUUUUUACUUUUUACAUAACUGUGUUUUUAGACCUUCAGCUCUGGUUGAUACAGACAUGUAAUAUUUUGGCUUUGUGUUUCCCCACUGUGAGCCCCUUGCUGCUGCUCCUUAGGGAUCCUAGAAAUCCCAGCCUUUGCUCUUAAAUUGAUAGAACUCACUGUUGAGCGUGUAAAGAGAUAGA